UUCAUCCAGCUAGCUUGGCUAAUGUGUCUGGGAAUCACUGAAAAUAACGAAUAUAUAUUUUAUGUAUUUAGAAUGAGGCUGUGUUAUUGUCUGCGCUCAGAAUGAGGGACAUCACUGCGCUUGAAAAUGCCUGCAGGUGAGAGUGAAGACCGGUCAAAGACCCGGGAAAGAUUUAAUGAAGCCUUCAAAAGAUAUACAGAAUCUGAGAAGAAAAAGUCAAAGAAGAGAAGCACUGAAGCAAAGGAGACUAUAGUUCUUCAGAAUUUGAGAAAGAAUCUCAACCUUGAGAAAGAUACAGAAGAUGAUGAGACCGUUCUGCAGAACACAUACGAUCCUGAAAAGGGCAGCCCUCGUUAUACCAAGAACAAAAGGAGAGAAAGAGAAAUAAGAGAAAAGGUUAAUCUUAACAACAGCCAAAACCAAGAUGAAAUCACCACAGCAAAGUCAAAGCGGAAGAGUAAAAGGGACCUGCCCGAGCCCAAAGACAUCACCGAUCACAUCCAGGAGGAUGCAGAUGCUUCCAAGGCUGACAGCAGUGCUUUGGAUCCAGAAGAUGCUGGAGGUGGAAAAGAACUGAAAUGGAAAAGCAAGAAGGGAAAAGGUGCAGAGAGUGCAGCAGCAAGCCAAGUGGAAGAUGCAGAAGACCACCUGCUGCAUGAAUAUCAGCAGCAGAUCAAACAGGAAGAAGAGAAGAGUAUGAAGAAAGCAAAGGCUGAGAAAGAAAUCCAGAGCUUUGUGCCGCAAAAUAUUACCUUGAACAACGACGUGGGAAAGAAGAAGAAAAAGAAGUUACAAUCUGUAACAACAGAGUCAGAUGUGGGGGAUCAAGAUGAACAAGUAGAUUGUGAUGCUGGUGUGGAAAACGGAACGGAGUCAAAGGGAAAGAAGAAGAAGAAGAAGAAAAAGCAUGUCAUCAAAGAAGAGACCGAAGCUGAACCAGAAGAGCCACAAGAUGCAACAUUUGAUGGCAGUCUUGUUCUGGGCCUCUUCAUCCACAGAACAGAUCCCCUCAAGACGGACUUACUGAUCUCACACCCCAUGGUCAAGAUCCACGUAGUUGAUGAAAUCACAGGACAGUAUGUGAAGAAGGAGGACUGCCAUCGGCCCGUCUCUUCGUAUUACGAACAAGAGAACGUUGAUCACGUUCUCCCCAUCAUGACGCAGCCCUUUGACUUCAAGAAGAACAAAUCCAUCGUCCCCGAGUGGCAGGAGCAGAUCAUAUUCAACGAGCGUUUUGGUUACUUUGUGGAGCAAAAUGAUGCAAACCCCAGAGUCAUCUUCUUCUUUGAAAUCCUGGAUUUUAUGACCAUGGAAGAGGCAAAAGCCAACACUGACGUCGACAAACACGAGCGAGGUUUUAGAAAGAUUGCAUGGGCUUUUCUUAAGCCUGUUGGCACAAAUGGCGUUCUGAAUAUUGACAGCAAACUCCGCCUCCAGCUCUUCUGCCCGCUACCUCGAGUUAAGAGGCAGCCUAAAACGAUCGAAGUGGUUGAGUGGUGGAGGAAAUAUCCAAGAACCAAAUACGCCUCCACCCUUUAUGUCACGGUGAAAGGGAUUAAACUCCCAGCGCAUGUGGACCCCAGCAUGCGCUCCAUGAUGGCGCUGCAGGAGGAGCGAGGCACCACCUUCUACAGUGAGCUGCAGAACGAGGUCACCAGAAGAAGUCUGACACAACCUCCUGACAGCAGGCAGCCCGUCCUGACGUGGAGUCGGCUGCCUGGUCAGAUGUGUCGGAUUCCUAACAAGCACAUUUUGGCAUUCCGGGGCGGUCAGAUGGGUUGUUUCACGCUGCUGUUUUCUCAUACUGGAACCUUACUGGCAGCUGCUUGUGCUGACAGAGAUGCUUUUCCUGUUGUAGUGUACGAGAUCCCCUCUGGGAAGGUGCUAGCUGCCUUCAGCGGCCAUCUGAAAAUUGUGUACGAUCUCUGCUGGUCCAGAGAUGAUAGGAGCUUGUUGUCUGGCUCCUCAGAUGGAACUGUGAGAGAGUGGAACACAGAGAGGCUUGUGGAGACAGCCCAGAAGGUUCUCCCUCAUCCUUCCUUUGUGUACUCCGCUCGGUACCACCCCAGUGCCCAGAACCUGGUGGUGACUGGGAGCUACGACUGUCUGAUACGAGUGUGGAGGCUCGAUGUGGAUGAUGUGAAUGGCCAUCUGCUGCAGGAGUUUGAGGGACACGGCAGCUUCAUCAACACAGUCUGUUUUGACUUUGAAGGAUGUAGAAUGUUCUCUGCAGACAACACAGGCGUCAUCGUUGUGUGGAAAACGUCAGUCAAUGACAGCAGGCAUCAACAGAACCCGUGUCAUCACUGGUGUAUAGAGAAGAAAAUCAGUGAGAGUGACCUGAGCGGUACAUCCAUCAACAUGCUGCAGCUUCAUCCCAACGGCCGGUGUCUGCUCAUACAGGCCAAAGACAGCGUCCUGAGGAUGAUGGAUUUGAGGAUGCUGGCUGUGAAGAAGUACGCCGGAGCUACAAACUACAGGGAGAGGAUUUCGAGCACGUUCACUCCAUGUGGGAGUUUCAUCUUCUCUGGCAGCGAGGACGGGAUGGCGUACGUCUGGAACACCGACACAGGUGACCAGAUCGCGGUGUACUCUGAGCUCUGUUACCGCACCGCUCUCCAUGGCGUCUCUUUCCACCCUUUUGAGAACAUGGUAGCUUUCUGUGCAUGUGGUCAGAACCAGCCUGUGCACGUGUACCUGUAUGAUCGCAAAGUGUCCCAGCUGGAGACGCAGAGCGGGAAGGCAGCGAGCAGAUCAGCGUCUGCAGACAGAACGCUCAGAAACACACCGGACUCACUGCAGGACACGUCUGCUCCGUCUGCCGUGGAUCAGUUUGCCCACGCAGCACGACUCGAAAUGAAGCGGCAGUUUGUAAAGGAACACUUGGACUCGGUUCUUGAGCCACAUCAAAGGUCCUCAGCCUCUGGAUUUACAUCUGACCAUGAUAAAACGGGCAUCAGUCACUCAGGGAGGAGCUUCACAUCAGACACUGGCACAAUGGGAUUAAACGUGUCGCUGCCGCCUCCAUCUCUCCUGUCGCCGCACUCCAAGCUGCAGCUCUCUGCUUCUUUUGCAGAACAGCUUAUCCCCCAAGCUGCUCUGAACACACAAACCCGGGACGUUAGUCCAGUUGGUCAGCAUCUAAAAGGAGCUUCAUCUUUUAGGCGCCAGCAGACCCUUCCUGAUCACGCCUCCUCAGGAUUUUAUGUGGAAACAGAUUCCAGCCCCGUUCAACAAGUGGUGGUUUCCCUGUACGAGUACAAAGCUAAUCGCUCUGAUGAACUGACCAUCCGGCGCGGUGAUGUCAUCCAAGUUCUGUUCAAAGACAAAGAGAACGACGCUUGGUGGUUUGGGCGCCUGGCCAGCGGGCUGCAGGGAUAUUUUCCUGCUUCUUACGUCGUAGAUCAGAGUGAAUUCAGAGACGAGGCUGCAGAGACGCACACAGCUUUGUCUGAGAGGACGACGGAGAGAUCGACGCCAACAAAGGUGUCUGCUGUGGUUAGUUCUUCCGGGGAGCUUAAGUUUCUCUCUGAGCCCACUUUUUCAGACACCGAACCCGAGCUGACCGGCACCAAAACUAGAAGGAAGAAGAAAGUGAAGAAGUCUGGAGAGCCAGCAGCCUCAGAAACUUCAGGAGGGCUCAGAGGCAGAUCAGCAGACAGACCUCUCCCCAAGAGACCAACCGGCCAGACCAACAGUGCCUUUGAGCCCGAAACAUGAACCCCUGGACAAAUCAAACAGCUGGACUUUAUCAGUGUAUUUAGAUCAUUUCAUCAAGUAGAAUUAAACAUUAAACUACUUUUGUAUCAUUUUAAAUGUCUAUUAUUGAUAGCAUUAAAAGUCAAAACCAGUUAUUUAAAAUAUUUUAUAGUUUAACUAUUGUAUAAAACAGAAAUUGUAGUUUUGAUAUCAUUUGUUUUAGCCGAUGCCAAAAGGUUUGAUUUAUACGU